AUGUUUUUGUCGCGAAUUCAACUUGCGGCCAGGGUACGAGAAGAUCGAAGGCCGCUUUACCGUCGAAUCUUCACUAAUCGGCGAUUGGACGUAGCUCAUAAAAGUUAGUUGAUCAAUUAAGUCUUAGUUUUCCGAACCUUCCUGAUCUUCCAAUGACUUAAAAUUUCAAUUGUUAUUGCAGCUUUUGUACGAUCAAUAUUGGGUUUCAUUGUCUUCAGUACCUCUUAUUGUAUCGUGAACACCGCUAUUUAUUACAAGUGAGUUUUUCUUUUCAAAUUUUAUCAAAAAGUAAAAUAUAAGAUUUCCAUUAUAUUUCUGUAGUUCUAUGAAUUUGGUUUUUCAGGUACGUUCGUCCACUACGACAGGAAGAGCGGGAAAUUUUGGAAAGAGAAUUGAUUGAAGCUGAUCGUGCCGGUUUCAGUAUUAGAAAGUAUGAACAUGAAUGCAUUUUAUUUCAAUUAAUCACCUUUUUAGAUGA